AUGAGUCUUCUGCAGGGCCGUCUGCUACUUUUGUUCCUCCAUGCCCUCUCAUCUUGGUGUGUUUCAUCAGGCACAUUUGUUGUGACCCAGAGUCCUGAUGUUUCUGUCAUGGAGGGCAAGACAGUCAGCAUCACCUGCUGCUGGACAGGGAAGUUUGAAAGAUUUAGAGUGUACUGGCUUAAAAAUCAAACAGAAAUUAGGAGUGACUACUUUAAUCAGCCUAAUGCGUCUCUGAAAAAGGAAGAGAAGAAAUGUUCAUCUUUGAAUAUCUCAAAUGUUAGAACAGUGGAUUCAGGGACGUACAUCUGCAAGGUGACUGUGGAGAUACCAUCUUUAGCUGAGGCUAAAGGAAAUGGGACAGUCAUCACAGUCAAGAAGAUGGGAACAAGUGGGACAUUCGUCACGGUUAAAGCCAAAAAAAAGAAAGACAAAAGAAAUCGUGAAGAAGUGAAAAAAGUGAAGAAUGAUGACAACACAGAUCAGCAUAUUGCUCAAGAAGCUCCAAAGGAAGAAGUAUUCACUUAUCUCAUGAGGACUCUGCCCGUCCUCGCCUUGAUCACAGCCUUCUUCUGGCUCUACUAUGUAGGGAGCAAAGCUCAGCAGAACUCAAAAGCUUCUUCUGGAAAUAAACCAACUUCAAGUCAAAAACAAGAGCAAGACGAGGAAGAGGAAGAAAGAGAUGGAAGAGCAGUAGAAGCAGCAAAUGAAUGUUAGAUAAAAGUGUCUGAUAAUGAAAUUUGAUUACAAAUAGAAGAACUGUAUUCUUUUGUUACUGAUCAAUUAAGAGUAUGUAGUUUUAUUCUUCAUUCAUUCAAAACAACAAAUGUUGGCACAACAAAAAGUGACUGCACAUGUAAAUAGAUUGAAAAGUGAAUAAUACCACAACACAUGAGACUUAAAGUGGGUAGAUGGUAUCUGUGUGGAAGCAUUGUGUCCAUUGUGUCCGAGU